ACGAUGCAAAGUUGCAAUCAAUUACAGAACUGUUGUCACGUGGACACAACAAACAACAACAAUUUUAAGAUGCACAUGGGUACGGUGUUCGACUGACUGCCAUCCAGUGACUGAGAUGUUCCUCACCAGAAGAUCUAAUUUGUUGAGGUUGUCUUGAUGACAUAUUUGCAAUACUAAUGCAGAAGUUUGUUUGGUGAGAAAGGAAACAUGGCCUCUUUGAGCAGAGGAGUGAGGCUGCCACCAAUGCCUCGUAUCGCAGAUAUCAUUAGGCUCUAUGGCUUGACGGCUAAAAAGCAGUUGAGUCAGAACUUUAUUUUGGACCUCAAUGUUACAGAGAAAAUUGCAAGGAAAGCAAACCUCUUUGACACUUAUGUUUGCGAAGUUGGGUCUGGACCUGGCUCAAUUACAAGAUCGAUUUUGCAAGAAGGAGUUCGGCAUGUAGCAGCCGUUGAAAUAGACCAAAGAUUCAUGCCAGUGCUAGAGCAACUUGCUGAUUGCGCUGAUGGCUACAUGUCAGUCCACAAUGAAGAUAUAAGGAAGUUCAAUAUUGCAAAGGCAUUGUCAAAAGCAAAUGCAGUCCCUUGGGAGUCGGAAGAGUUACCUGGCGUUCGACUUGUGGGCAACCUGCCAUUCUCAGUCUCCAUCCCGCUACUUCUGCAGUGGCUAGAGGCGAUACCAGAAAGAAAAGGACCGUUUACAUUUGGUAGAGUGCCAAUGACCCUUGUUUUUCAAAAAGAAGUGGCAGAAAAUCUGGCCGCUAUUGGUGCUACAAUGCUGCAGUCUCGAUUAUCAGUUAUGACACAAAACCUUUGCAGUGUUCAGCGUGCAAUGGUAAUGCCACGAUCAAUGUUUGUGCCUGAGCCAAAGGUUGAUGCUUGGCUGGUGAAUAUUGUACCGCACAAGGAAGCAAAAAUCAAGGCUCCAUUCAAAAUUGUCGAACAGGUUGUCAAAGCAGUAUAUCAACACAGGAGAAAGUAUAUUCGUACACCUUUGAGGUUAUUAUUUCCAGAAGCAGAGAAACUAGCAGACGAUUUAACAGAGUUGUCGGGUGUGACUGCGACGAAGCGCGCCCAUCAGCUUACAAUGGAAGAUUUCGACGCAUUAUGUCAAACGUUUUUAGAGCUUUGUAAUAAACAUGGAUUAAGUAAUUUCCCGUUGAAAGUUCACCGACCAAGUCCUAUUGUUCAUUCUUCUGUUGCUAAUGCUUAGUAGCAUAUCCAUGAAUUAAUUAAUUAGAUUACCUGACGGAUUCAAUAUCACCUGCGCAUGAGAAUGUGCCUUAUAAGAAAAUCCAGAUUGAGCUAUUGCUAUUAUGUAAGUUGAUGAAGCAGAAUGUUUAGUUGGUUGUUAUAUUUUAUAUAAGUUUGUGCGUGAUAUUAAAGCUAUGACGUUUCAAUCACAGAACACUAGAAAUCGAUGUUUAGUAGAAUAGAAUCAGAGGUAAAUAAAUUCAAUCAAUCUUUCGCUACCUCUGCAGUAGGUUGGUGUAUAUGGGUCUCAGAGAUGGAUACUUUCACUUAACUUUUCGCUACCUCUGUAAUGUGCUAGUGCAAAUAAAUAUAGAUCGUAUAGCUUGGUUCUAAAAUAUACUUCUUGCAAGCAACUUGUCAAUUUUUUACGAAGAGCAAUGAUAAAUGCCCCUUUACAGAAUUGCAAGUGUUGUAGUAUCGAUUCUUUUGGAUGUGUGUGAAAGUAAGACAGCUCCAAUACCCAAUAUAGUUUGUACAAUAUGAUAUGUAUAUAUAUAUUUUGUAGAGAACCGUUUGUAGUGGCUUAUUCUUUCAGAACUGCAGUAUGUUGGACUUCUUUCUAGCAACAAACUAGUCGUAUAUAAGAAGUCCCACUCAUGUUUAAAAGAGCUAGAGCCUCGAGGAUGAGCCUUUUAAUGACCAAUGACAAAUACCUAAUAUGUCAAAAAUCGUUUGAUCAUGCAUCCAUCCUACACUGGCUAUUUUAAAAGUUUACAUAUGUUUUGUAACGUUGUAUUUGUAAGAUUUGAUCAUCAGAUAAAAAAUACAUUUAACAAAAUAGAUGAAUGAGAAAUGAACCCUGCUAUCAGUAGCCUGAGUCACAGACCAAAAACUUCACGGAAGUUUUAGGUCUGUGACGCAGGCUAUGCUAUCAGUAGAAACCGGCUUUGAAACUGAGACAAGACCUGUUAAUGAGGGCCAGUUGCGAUGCUAGAAGAGCCCAUGGUCUUGGUGCUUGACCCAGCGCAUUUGCAAAAAAAACUGAAUGCAAAGCAAUUUUUGUAUAAAAUGAUGAUAAAUAAGCCAUUUGUUUAUGAUUUUUUAUGUAUAAAAAACAAGUCAUUACAACGACAAUUAAUCCAUAGCUAAAUUACUUUGUAAACUGCACAGUUGUGAGUAAGAAUCACUUUGAGAUUUUAAGUGUAAUAGUCUUGCUGCAAUCUUUUGUCGGUGCUGUAAACUUAGAAGAACUUUCGUAUUUUAUUUGCAAGACCUAUAUACUUGA